GUGGGCAUGUGUCCUUGUACAUACGGGUUAGGCGUGUUUGAGGUUUUUAUGAAAUUUUAAUAUUGUUUUUUUUUUUUUUUCACUUUUAAAAUAUUUUUUAUGAAAUAUUUUAAAUUAUAUCAAGUCCUGAUACCAGUGUGCUGUACGUACCUUGCCAUUGCUUGUCAACCCUAAAUAUUUAGCCUAGUAUAUGAUUUUAUUUAUAUCUAUGGCCCUUUAAAUAGACUGUAUGUUAUACAUUUGAGAAAAUUGCCCGUGAUAUUAACAUACGAAAUCGUAUCUUAGUAAUGGCAGAUCAGAAUUUACACAAAAAUAAUAGUGGAUGGUUAUUACAUUACUCCUAAACGUGGAAAAUUUUACAUUUUUACUGAAUAAAAUACAUAUCCAAAUGGAAGAUUUUGGCGAAAUAUUAUCGUUAGAAAACCAUAAUUAAUAGAAAUUUUCAAUUCUAAAUUGACUGAAAACAGCUAAACGUGCGGGAACUUUAAUAUGGAAACUGAAUCAGACAAUAAAAUAACACAGAGUAGCGAUGUAUGCAAUAUAUGUGAACAAACGUUUAAUAAUAAAGAAGAACUUAGUGCACAUACAUUAACUCAUUCUUCUGAGACUUUUAAAUGUGUACAUUGUGAUAUGUGUUUUAAAGACAAAAGCAGUCUAGAUGAGCAUUGCAUAAGUCACUGCAGAGAUGAAAUUUCUCGGAAUGAUAAUGUAUGUGAACUUUGUGGACAGUCAUUUGAUACUCUUGAAUUACUUAACAUACAUUUGUCAACUCAUCCUGAGACUUUUAAAUGUGAAUGCUGCGAUAUGUGUUUCAUAAAAAAAGAAAAUCUAGAUAAGCAUUAUGCAAUUCAUUGUGAGGAGAAAAUUCACCAGUGUAAUAUAUGUGCGAAAUUUUUUCUGAAUGAGUUGUCUCUACAUAGGCAUAGUGUCUGCCAUUCUCAGACUGACCCAUUUCAGAUCUAUACAUGUGAUGUUUGUAAGAAACAAUUUGAUCAUAAGUCAAAAUUGCGUAGGCACAGCCGUUGUCACUCUGAAAAAACCCAAAAAUGUGAGAUAUGUGGGAAAACAUUUUUUCAGAAAAGCCAUCUUGCACGACAUAACCUGAUUCACACAGGUGAAAGGCCAUUCAAGUGCGAAAUAUGUGGUAGAACCUUCAAUCAAAAAACUACCCUUGCUAAUCAUUUUAUUGUCCAUACUAAAGAGCUUCUUGAAAAUGAAAGUAAACAAGAAAAUGACGAAGAAAUGCACUCAUGUGAUAUAUGUGGUAAGAGAUUUGGAACAAAAUUGAAACUUAAUCGUCAUAUGCGUUAUCAUACUGACAAAUCUCAUGUGUGUGAUAUUUGUGGCAAAGGUUUUUUCCAGAAAUGUAGCCUUGCUCAACAUUAUUUAAUCCACACAGGGGAAAAACCAUAUAACUGUGAAGUGUGUGGAAAAAGCUUCAACCAAAAGAUUACUCUUACAAAACAUGCUGUCCUGCACACUAAAGAAAAACCUUUACAUAGUGUGAUGAGACCUUUCAUUACGUGUCCUGUAUGUGGUAGAAAGUUUGUAUCUGAAUAUACAAUGAGCAAACACAGUUGCACUCGUGUUCGGGAGAAACGUUGUGAAUGUGAUGUGUGUCAUAAGCGUUUUUAUACAGAAAAUUGUCUUUCUAAGCAUUAUAGGGUUCAUACGGGAGAAAAGCCGUUUGAGUGUGAUGUUUGUAAAAAACGGUUUGCUGCUGAAAGAUCUCUUAAAAAACACUAUGUUUGUCAUGCAGAAAAAAUGCAUGUGCUCGAAGUUUAUAUUUGUGCCGUUUGUGGCAGAAAGUUCAAGCAAAAGAGUACUAUGCUCAGGCAUUGUCGUUGGCAUUCCGGUGAAAAACGACAUGUAUGUGAAAUUUGUGGAAAAGGUUUUGUCGAGAAAAGCACACUUACUCAGCAUUAUUUUAUCCACACAGGUGAAAAACCAUUUCAGUGUACGGUGUGUAAUAAGAGAUUUAACAAAAAUAGCUCUCUUAAAAAUCACGCUCUUCUUCAUGGAAAAGCAGAGGACUCGGAUGAAGCGAAAAAAGAACAACCUUCUGAAGUUAAAAUUCCUAAUAAAGAAGAAUAUAUAUGUAAACAGUGUGAUAAAACAUUUGAUAUGAAAUCUAAACUGAAAAAUCAUUUGCGAUACUGCUCCGGUGAGAAACCAUUUCUCUGUGAAUUAUGUGGAAAAUGUUUUGUUUCAAAAAGUGCUCUUACACAGCAUCAGCUGAUACACACUGGAGAGAGGCCAUUUCAGUGUGAAAUAUGUGAUAAACGAUUUAACAAAAAAAGUAGCCUUACAAAACAUUGUCUUGUCCAUAUGCAACCGGAGCGCCCAGCUGAUGUGACAGAAGUUUCUCACGAGAGUCAAGAUUCGAAAUCUUGUCAUACUGAUAAUAUAAUGCAAGAAGAUGCACAGACAGAAGAUAAAAAAUGUAAAAAUAUAUUCGUUAAAUCCAUGAUUAGUAAUCUAUGAAUGAUAUAGAAAAAUUAAUUCACCAGACUGGUCGUAAUCUCCAAUUUAGCAAAUUAUGUAAAAGCAGUUUUUUUAAUGAUCAAGUCAUGAUUUAUUCAUUCACAUA